UAGACAUGGGAAAGUCUCUUUCUCAUUUACCUCUGCAUCCAAGUAAAGAAGAUGGGUAUGAUGGAGUCACAUCAACUGAAACCAUCAGGACUGGACUGGUUAACAACGAAGUCCAUAAUGAAGACGGAAGAAACGGAGAUGUCUCUCAGUUUCCGUAUGUGGAAUUUACCGGAAGAGAUAGUGUCACUUGCCCCACUUGUCAAGGAACUGGAAGAAUUCCUAGGGGACAAGAAAACCAGCUGGUAGCAUUGAUUCCAUACAGUGAUCAGAGAUUAAGGCCAAGAAGAACAAAGCUGUACGUGAUGGCAUCUGUGUUUUUCUGUCUGCUCCUCUCUGGAUUGGCUGUGUUUUUCCUUUUCCCUCGAUCUAUUGAUGUGAAAUACAUUGGUGUAAAAUCAGCAUAUGUCAGUUAUGAUGAUCAAAAGAGAACAAUAUAUUUAAAUAUUACAAACACCCUGAAUAUAACAAACAAUAACUAUUAUUCUGUUGAAGUUGAAAACAUCACGGCUCAAGUUCAGUUUUCAAAAACCGUUAUCGGAAAGGCGCGCUUAAACAACAUAACCAACAUUGGGCCACUCGACAUGAAGCAGAUUGAUUAUACAGUACCUACUGUAAUAGCAGAGGAAAUGAGUUAUAUGUUUGAUUUUUGUACACUGAUAUCCAUCAAAGUACACAACAUAGUACUCAUGAUGCAAGUUACCGUGACAACAACGUACUUUGGCCACUCUGAGCAGAUAUCCCAGGAAAGGUACCAGUAUGUGGACUGUGGAAGAAACACCACUUACCAGUUGGGGCAGUCCGAAUAUCUGAAUGUCCUUCAGCCACAACAGUAAAGACGGAAGGAGACGCACCGAGAGAAGAUGAAAUGCCUGUAAAUAUUGUCUGAACUCUCAAGGAGGUACUUCCUAGUAGGACAUCUUUAAUUGAACAAACUUAAAGUUUAUACUUCUAAUUUAAGCGUUUGGUUACAAGUGUGUGGACCUGAAAUCAUUGUAACUUCCCAUUCUGUGUUAAUAAUGUAUUUGUACCAGGAUCUUGUACUUAAAUAUAAAUUUACCAGUCCGUUCUCUUCUCCCCUUCACAUCCCUAGACGGAAAAACUGAGACUUCCCCAAUAGUGUAAUAAAGACGCCUGCCUGGCAAGCGCAAGGUCGUGAGUUCGGUUCCCGGUACCGGAGGAAAAAAAAAAAAAAAACCAAUAGUGUAAUAAAGAGUUAUUUGAAAGAUACAGUUUCAGUCGGUAGCUCAACUGACAACAUAACUGUAGUAAGAAACACAGUCUGAUGAACUUAGUUUCUGAUUUUUUUUAAUGAAAAAUUAAGGAAAGCCUAUUCACGGGAAACUUUCGAAAACUAACCUCUUUCUGUGAUUUAUAAAUGCCCAUGGUUAGUUACAUGGUAGUGCUGUGUUUCAACUACAAUAUUUUAGCUUUUAGCCAAGUAUUUUUAGCUUUUAAUUUGUUGAAAUUCUCAUUUGCAUGUUUUUAUUUUAUUUCAAGCUAUUCAGUGCAUAAUACUUACCAACCACCUGAAAACUUCUAAAAACUCUGAAUAAUGUUUCGUGUUUAUUUCCACAGUACUUAUCAUUUUGUGAAAUUCUCGUGUGAUCUUCAGACAUAAUCCUUUAAUAUACAGUAUUGUAAAUAAACUCUGCAUGGCUUUUAUACAGCUUUGAUAAAUGUCAAAGUGGAACAGAUUCAAAAGUAAAGCAAGUAGCUCAUAAAAAUGAAUAAAAAAGGAAAAUGCAGUUCAGAAACUGAUUGUGACUAGGUAUCAUUUUAUGCUAGACCUGGCAUAAAAUAGAUUGGAAAUGAAAUAUUUUUAUGCUUCACUUUUUUCAUGUUGCUUUCAUAUUAAAAAUUGGUUUAGACAUUUUUCACAUCUGCUAGGUACUUGAUCAUCAAUUUUAUGAAUAUUUUAGAGGAAAAAAUUAUUUCUUUGAUAGAAAUUAUUCAAAAAAACCCACCAUUAAGUAAUGGUGAGUAUAUUUUAAAAAAACCUGUGCUAUGCUUUUAAAAUUUUAGUUAUGUUGUAUAUCGCAUGACUGUGAUGCUUGUAGGGUUAAAUUUUUAAAGAUUUCUACUUUUGUUUUUAUUUAAAAUUAUUUUCAGGUGUAAAUUAUUGACUUACUCACAUUGCUAUUUUAUAUUUUCAACAUUGUUUUCGAGUUGAUCCUUUCGCCUUUCACUUACUAACUUCUAAGAACCUUUUAAAUACAUACUACCAAGCAUAGGCGCUCAGUAUGAUACAAAAAAAAAAAUGAGCUGAGGUUCAUUUCUUUCUGUUCCCUGAGGACAGAAGUCAGGUCUCCUCCUGUUCACCCCUCAGUUCCUAACUUACAUGAAAACAUACCCUGUUCUCUCAGUUGUAAAACAUAAAUUUUAAUGGUUUAAUUCUGAUCUUUAAACACUCAGGCAUCCAGUUAGUUUUCAUAGCACUUUUCCAGGUUUUCCUGAGUGGAAAUUGUGAGUGGAACGUGCUUUCUUCAAAUUGCGUACUCUUUGCUUGCUCCGUGGCUGAUGUAGCCGUCCGUGCCGUGAAAUCAGAUGGCCCCUGCAAACCCAUCAGGACGCGCGCACCAGCCCGGGCUCCGUGUCCGGCUCCUUCUGCCGCGGCUGCUGGGGACUCCCGGCCUCGGAGCUGUGCGCGUCUCGAUAUACUGGUUGCGUUCAUGUUUUUCAGAUAGUUCUCAUUGCGUUGUCUCUCAUUCCCUCAUUUCUGUGUGACUCACGUGUGUGAGUGAUUUAGAUCCCCGUUUUUCCUAGUCCCGUGACUUCUAAACAUCUUUUAAAAUUUUAAUGAGUGCCCGCUCGCAGUCCAUGUUGAUCCCAUCGGCGUAGGGAGGCGGCGGGUGUGCGCAGCGCGUCCUAGUUUGCACCUGCCGCACUCGCGUCUGUCCCUCUCUUGGUCCUCUUCCCGUCUGCAAAAGGUCUGUCUCCCUCCUGCCUGUUACCUUUCAUUUUGCGCUUUAAAUUAUUUGCACUUAGGGUUCCUGUGACUUCCAAAAUCACGCGUUUCUGCCGCAGAGCUUCCACCUGGAUUGCUCGUACCUGACCUUCCAGUGGGGCUGCGCGCCUGCCCCGUGCGCUAGAGAUGUAGUGUUUCGGUGGCUCUGUGCGAAAAGCCGAAAUGUUAAAGAAAUUUUACUCUGUUUGGUUCCCGCUGUCUUCCUGUCCCAUUAACAUCAAAAUGGACGUUUAUUUCUUUAAAAUCGUCCUUUGGAGAAGCCUCAUAGCAUAAUCAGUGCUUAUUGUCCUACGUUGUAUGUUUUAACCCUGGCAGGUCAUGCAGUGUAAAUUAAAAAGAGCUUUCUGUUGGGCUGUGGCCCUCUCGUCUGCCGAGAGCACGAGCCUCCUGAAGGAGCGGGAAACAUUUGCUUGUAAUGGUUCAACUUCCAGCCUGUCUUUGUCACUCUUUAAAUUGAAACUCUUUGUUAAAUUUGGUUUCAACAGAGAUUGAGCCAGAAAACACUAGAAUUUAGAACAAGUAAAAAUCCAGUGAAGAGAAAUAAAGAUUGCCUACUGUAAGAGAUAAUUAAAUAACUGCCAGAAUAAACCUAGAACGAAACAGGCUGUGAUUAAUAAAACUAUAAAGACACAUUUUGGAGAAGUAAAUGUAUAGCCUCAGAAAAACCCUAGAAAGAAUAAAUGAAGUCUUAACUUUUUCCUAGGUGCCAGUGUGGUUUCCUGCAUAGGAAAUGGGUAGGUGUUAAUUUAUUAAUUUAUUUUACUUUUCUGUUUUUUUGGUUUUUCUGGUACCGGGAAUCGAACUCACGACCUCGUGCCUGCCAGGCAGGCGCUGUGCCGCUGAGCUAAAUCCCCAGCCGCUAUUAAUUUAUUUUUACAACUAGUAGCAGACCUUACCCAGGGAUAAUGGAAGAAUAUUGCAACAUUUUUCUGAUGCUUUCACGUGUUACUUUGACUUUUCAUCUUAAUAGCCUGGUCAUUCUAACAAAAUUCAACCCUUACAACAAGCCUCUGUGUGUGGGUCUUAUUUACGUAGCAAAUUUUAGCUCUUCCACAUGCUUUUCUUACAUAAUUUCCUGAAGAAGCGGUCACAGGACCCUCAUCUUCUAGAAGCAGAAAGAGAAGUGUAGAGACGCUGAGGGCCGUGCCUUAAGAUCACAUAGUUAGUAAGUAGUUUCCACUGGGGCCCAGAGCUUGUUUCUCCUUCUUUCAGAUCCUUCUGUCACUUCAGAAGUUCUUUGGAAAGCCCUGCUGACUCAGGAUAAUGUGAUUAAAACUUAGAGGGAAAAUUCACGUGGUAAUAGUGACAGUGGAAACAGCACCGAUGCAUUCAGGUGGUGGUAGUUUUGCAUUCUAUCUGAAAUAUUUCAAACGGAGAGCAUGCAUUUGUGGAAUAAUUUGGAAUGUAAUCUACAGCUUAAUUUUUCAUUAAGAUUUAGUACACUGAUAAUUUCAAUAGAGAGAAAAUAAUGUCAGAGUAAGUAUUUUAAGCAAUAGAGAUUAUUAUAUUUAAGAUUGAAAUGGAGCAGUAUGGAAAUACUGGAUAUUAGAAAAGAUAUUUGAAACCGACAAAGGACCAUCUACCAGCAUGUACUGUGGUUUAUUCAAUGCUCAAAUGGUUAGUUUCGUUGGUGUGCAGUUUUUCUGUGCCUUUUCUGUUUGCUGAGACUAAUGAGAUAACAGUUCCUCAAAAAAUUCACUAGAAGAAAAUAUUAUUUCAGAUCUUCUGGUGUGUAGUUUGGAAGUGCCAGUGCAGUGUGAGAAAGGUAGGAGGUGACUAUCAAAACAUUAAAAGUAAACUAUUAGGAGAUUUGAAACUUUAGCCUAAUAAGUUCUUUGUGUCUUCUUAGCCUUAUUAUUUUGGACAGCAUGUCACUGACUUUUGCCCCAUUUUGUGUGUUCUUAAAGUGCUUAGAAUAAACAUUUCUUUAUAUAAUGAUUAUUUCUCAUUCAAGAAAGUUCUUUCAGUUAAAUACUUGUUAAGAGCUGUUUUUAAGUUUCUGAAUAUCAUCUUUGAUAUGUGGUAUAAAUUGAAUUUCAAGUUACUACUUUUUAAGCAAAAGUUUACUUGCCAUGUCAUCGUCAGGGAAUAAUUUUUAGCUCACAAAAUCUGGAAGCAGCUACUACUAAGAAAAAUUCACUUUAUUUCUGUUAUUUUUUUGUAGAAUCAGAUUUUAAAUGAGAAGUUUAUCUGAAACUAUUUUAUUUUAAGGAACGAAUAGUAUUUGAGAUGGUGAGGUAAAAAGACUUAAGCAUUAUUCUUUAAAAUUCUUAUUUUUACAUUGUAACAAAAUAGACUUGUGAUCCACAUGUAUCAAAAGUUGAACUUCUACAUACCAGAUCUAAUAUCAAAGUAAAAAUUUUCACUUUGUCAGCUGAAAUUUGUGAUUAGAAUUGCCAUUUGUGUGUAUUUCUUUGUUUAGAAAACAAAUUCAUACUGGAUUUUUAAAAUUUACCCUUAAUUUUGAUAAAGUCAUGUGAUACAAAGUUACUAUACAGGAAAAAAAUAGUACUUUCCAUUUUUUUAAACUACUAAGGUGAUUGUGUUUGUAGUUCUUUUUAAACACAUUUAGCACAGACUCUAAAUUGAAUUACAUAAUAUAGUAUUAUAUUAGACCUAAACUGUCAUACAUUAAUUUAAUAAAUAUAUAUCAAGUUUUUCAUAGCUAAAUCUCUUUUUAGAAGGACCAUGCUGCCUUCUGUUUAAUUAUAUUAAUUGAAAUGUGUUUAAGAGAAAUGUUUUCAGCAUAUUUUGUAUACUAAAAAAAGGAUUAGUAUUGGGCCAGUGGCCCAAAAGGUAAUAUUGCUACCGUGUAGACUAUUACAGUUCAAAUUGCCCCUCCUCCCUCCAGGAUUUUGAAACUAGAAAUCUGGGAGAUGCUGUAUCAACUAUAGUUGGGUGAAUCUAAGUGCUCUGCGUAUCGUUCAUCUUUUAAUUAUUGUAUGAGGUGGAAAAAAAUGCCAUAUUAAAGAAGAUACAGAACUUCAUUAUGUAAUAGUUGGUUGUAGGCAUAACAGCAAUCCAUGUCUAUGUAUUUUGUCUUAUAUUUUCUUUUAGCAAACUAAAAAAGAUUCUGGAGGAUUAUUUCAAGCUAGGUAUGAUGGCACAUUCCUGUACUCCCAGCACUUGGGAGGUCGAAGCAGGAAAAUCAUGAGUUUGAGGCCAGCCUGGGCUACAUAGAGAGCUCAGGGUCAUCCUGGAGUACAUAGUAAGACCCUGUCCCAAAAGAUUUGGAGUGCUUGCUAGUUGGCGUAACCCACUUGGUCAGAUAUUUGAAUAACUGUACCAUUACACUCUCACCCUCAGUUGUAACUGUGGAAUGUAGAAUGUGAAGAUAUAUUUGGCACUUGUAUUUUGCUUGUAUUAUGUAGUGGCCUUCGUCACGGCACAUUUAUUAAAUUCACUGAUUGAGCGAUUCUGUAAUUAUAACUCUUACUGGUCACAUAAAAAAAAAAAUGAUAGUAGCAAAUAAAUAGAAGUACCCCCAAGUGCUAUUUUUUUAAUUCAGUUGUAACUGUCACUCUCGUAAUUGUGUCUGACAAAAUCAAAUUUGUAAAACUUUUAGCAUGAAAAAUAAAAUUUGUAUCUGUCAA